GAGUGACAGAUCGGGGUUAUCCGCCAGGGGAGUCCAUUUUCUUUGCAGUGCACGCGGAGCUAUAGCAAGAAGAGAGCGAGGCGUGAAGAGAACCCCUCCCCUCUUCUACCUCUCUCUCUCGUUCGCUCUCUCUCUCCUUCGCUCUCCACUCCGAUGCAUCAGUGAGCUUCAGGCGGCUCCACGCCGCAUUGCCGCUGCUCCGUCUCACUCAAGUCACACACAGGGACUCAAAACAGUGGACGCUGGAUUUAGGGGAUCUUCUAGAAGAUGGACAUGCAACACAUUCCUUCCUUUUUCUUCGCUUGCCAUCCCCAGGCGAUGCUGAUUCUAGAUGCGGCACGGCCACAUAUUUGGAUGUAACCCACAAGUUUGCGCCUCGUGAAUGCAGCAAAUGCUUUGUAUUUUUCUCGAGUGAAACGGCAAUUCGUCGGAGCGGUCUCCGUCAUGGCUGUUGACUGAAUGGAAGAGCAGAAGAGUACGUGAAGGUGCACUUUCCGGAAGUCCGCAAUCCCCCCGCACGAUGCAGAUCCUCUCACCCGGGAUGCUAUUGGUGAUAGUCCUCGUCAAUGCACAAGUGUGUUUGUCCGUGGCAAACAAUGAGGGCGGAAAAGAGGUCCUGAUCCCGCACCCCGUCGGGACUUCCAGCGGCUCACCCCGGGAUAUUCGGCAAAGCAAAAGCAGAGACCGCGCCACAGGUGAGACCCCGGCGGCAAUCAUCCGAGGGACCUUGAACUCCACGCGACCAUGGAAACGAGGGGUUGCGGGAGAAGUGAGGCGCUUUGCACACAACAAGCACGACUUGAAUGGGACGCUGACACCCGUGGAGGAUGCCGUCUCCCGUUGGGAAACGAUGCACCGCCGUAGUAAGAGGAUAAAGUUGGAUGGCGGGGUGAAGGGUGCGGGCACCCCGGCAGGUGGACACCACAAUACGCUUAAGACCUCCUCAAUGGGUGGAGGGGGGCCCACGGAGGGAGAUCGACACAGGAGGGGAACAAAAGAGGAGAAAGCUUGGAAGAGGGGGAGAACCCGCCUGAAUAAAAGCUCAGCUCUGGCUCAGCCUCACGCGUCGUCAUGGGAACCCGUCCCCAAGCCGGUGGCCCUCACGGCCACCGACGCGCCCUUCGAACUCUUCACCAGGAAGCCCGAGCUCUUCACCUUCCGGGAGGAGAACCCUUGGGACGCCACACCGAUCACGCCGCCUGGCUCGCGGGACUUUGGCGACGAGAUCAAGAACCCGUUCUACCCGGUGACCACCGAGACGUACGGCGCUUACGCCAUCACCUGUGUCUCCGGGGUGAUCUUCCUGGUGGGCGUCGCGGGCAACGUCGCCAUCUUGUGCAUCGUGUGCCAAAACUACUACAUGAAGAGCAUUUCCAACUCGUUGCUGGCUAACUUGGCUGUGUGGGAUUUUGUGCUCCUCUUGUUCUGCCUCCCCAUGGUGGUCUUCCAUGAGUUAACCAAGUCCUGGCUGCUGGGGGAGAUCACCUGCAGAGUGGUGCCGUAUAUGGAGGUGGCCUCCCUGGGCGUGACAACCUUCACGUUAUGCGCGCUGUGCAUCGACCGCUUCCGGGCGGCCACCAAUGUCCAGAUGUACUACGAAAUGAUCGAAAACUGCACGUCCACCACCGCCAAGCUGGCCGUCAUUUGGAUCGGAGCGCUCCUCCUAGCGCUGCCCGAACUGCUCAUCCGACAACUGGUGACAGAAGAGGCCGAAAUCCCGGACGAGCCUCCCGUGGAGCGCUGCGUGAUCCGGAUCUCCACCGCCCUCCCCGAUAUGCUCUACGUGCUGGGUUUGACGUACGAGGGCGCCCGGCUGUGGUGGUGCUUCGGUUGCUACUUCUGUCUGCCCACCCUCUUCACUAUCGGGUGCUCGCUGGUGACGGCGCGGAAGAUCCGGCGGGCCGAGCAAGCCAGCGUGCGUAGCAACAAGAAGCAGAUCCGCCUGGAGAGUCAGAUGAACUGCACGGUGGUGGCGCUGGCCAUCGUCUACGGCGCUUGCGUGGUGCCCGAGAACAUCUGCAAUAUAGUGUCCGUGUACAUGGCGGCCGGCGUUCCCGAGAACACCAUGUCCGUGCUCCACCUGCUCUCUCAGUUGCUGCUCUUCUGCAGGGCGGCGGUGACACCCGUGUUGCUGCUCCUGCUGUGUCGCCCGCUGGGCAGGGCCUUUUUGGACUGCUGCUGUUGCUGCUGCUGCAGCCGCACGCCUUCAUCCACCACGGCCAGCGACGAUAACGAACACGAGUGCACCACCGAACUGGAGCUGUCGCCGUUCAGCACCAUUCGCCGGGAGCUGAGCAACUACACGCCGGCCGGAUCUCACUGCUAAGGUCUGUUUGGUUUCCCGGCGCAUGAUGAAAAACGGUUUGCCAAGAAGAAAAGCAUUACGGCGUUCCCCCGCUUUAUCAAGGUUCAGCAUUCGGGAGCUAGAAGAUAGCAACAGUCCGCUAAAACACAACAAGCACGAAGAUGCUUCUUUAUUAACAAUGCCGUAAAUGGGCAACCAGAGUUGUACUGAAAAAAUGAGUGAUAUUUACUUGAGAAAAAAUUAUCCUAAUAACUAAGACAAUUGUGAUGAAGAGAGUAAAAUUCAACAACAAUAUAUUAAAUAUAUAGAUAUUAUAUGAAUAUAUUAGAAAAUUAGAAUUUCGGAGGAAACCUGAAUCAAAUUUUGUCAAGUAGACAUCAAAUUUUUUAGGCGUGGAGUCAAACUUGUGACAUCACUCAUCAGGCCACACCCAUUCAAGAAACCCUACACAAGAAUACUGCAGUGUGUGUGCGUGUUUUGGAAUGUUUGUGCCACUAUUGGAAUGGGUGGUGAAGAAUGCGUGAGUGUGCGUAUAUAACUUUUUUUUUAAUUACUCUUCCUGAAACCACUCUUAACACUCUUUUAUUUUAUUGUUUAAAUGUAUAUUCAAUUUCUGAUUUUAAAAUCCAAUGCUAUUUGUACUUGGACAAAAUUAUUAUGGGUUAAUUUAGAGGCUGGAUCGGAUUAAUGGCAUUUUGAUUUGUUUCAAUGGGGAAAUUCGAUUUGAUACGCAAACUUGGUCAAGGCAAAACAACCGGACCAGUCCCAGCCUCUAGACAAAUUCUUCUCACACUAAUAUAACAUCUAGUAUUUUCUUUAUAUUUUAUGCUUGCAUUUUUUUGUAUUCACAUACAUUUACAAUGUUUUAAAAAAUAGAUUUAAAGCUUUUUAUUUUUAUUUUUUGCCUUGGCAGAGCUCUAAGCACUGAUUUGCAUGUGAAAAUUCACAAAAUUGGAAUCAAAACAACUCCUCCGCCACUCAGUUAAUGCCAUCUGGUAAAAGUUGACACUGCCUGACAGUACCACUCUGUUUACAUAUAAAAUCUACUGUAAUUGUUGUUACAAGGUGACGGCAGAUUGUUGUGGUUUUUAGCUUGCACGUUGUGUUGAAAUCCAAAACUGUGUCCAAAAAAAAAUUUGCAAAAUAUUUGAUACAGAUCUCAUUUAGGACGUCAGUACAGUAGAUUGUGCAAGUGUACUUAAUGAAGUGUCUACACUGUACAUAUUAAAUAAACACUUUACCGUGACAUUACUGGGCUGGUCUCAGAGAAGCGUAAACAAAUGAAAAGGUUCUCAACGGACUCACGAAAUGGAUCGCGAUGGAAUAUGAAACAGCAUGGACGUCAGUGAUUGCCCACUAACACUGUUGUAUCAUAUUACGCCUUGCACUUGGGGGGGUUGUAUAUAUUAAAAAAAAUAAAAUAAACUGUACACACUUUGGUGCUCUUAUGAUGAAUACGCUGUAAACUAGAAUUCAAUCAGUACCAUUAGAAUCGAUUGAAGUGCACACUUUAUUUCUGGUAUUAAUUGUGCGGACUGUACACAAAAAGAGUCGAGUGCUACCACAAGCAUGUGAAACAGCGCCAAAGCGGCGACUUUUAAAAAGUGUAAAAAUGACGAAUCAAUUUGUGUAUUGUACUGUAAUUUUUUUUUUUUUUACGCCCUGAAAGAUAAAUUUAAAAAUAUUGUCGCUCAUUACAAUCAAGUCAAGUGAGGGGGAAAACAGCCAAAAAUAUGUUUACAUUUAUACUUACAGUCGCCCUAUUAACAUAAUCAAGAUUUUUGAUGAAUUAAAAUUUAUCUUCAUCAAACUUGUAUGUGUCAAGUUCACUUUUAAGUUCCAGAAGUGUUGAACGUGGAGUAAAAAUGUUUGACUAGCACAUACUCGCAAAUAUGCUCGAAUGUACUUAUUAGCUAAAUGCUACAAAGAUUUAGCAUUUAGUUUACAAGUACAUUUGGAUAUUUUUGUGUCUACGUUCAAACUUAUUUGCCAAUCAAAAGGUUUUACUGCACAUCGGCAGUUCCACGAAUUUGGAAUAUAUUCCCCAAGAAACAAGAAAAGGCUAAAUCAUAAGUAAAUGAUAAAUCAAGCUAAAUGCCACAAACAAAGAUUUAGCAUUUAGCUUACAAGUACAUUUAGACAUUUUUUGUGUCUACAUUCAAACUUAUUUGCCAGUGAAAAGUUUUUACUUAUUAGCUAAAUGCUACAAAGAUUUAGAAUUUAGUACAUUUGGAUAUUUUUGUGUCUACGUUCAAACUUAUUUGGCAAUGAAAAGUUUUUACUGCCUAUCGGCAGUUCCACAAAUUUGGAAUAUAUCCCCCGAGAAACAAGAAAAGGCUAAAUCAUAGUUAAAUCAAGCUAAAUGCUACAAACAAAGAUUUAGCAUUUAGCUUACGACAGACAUUCAUUGUGUCUACAUUCAAAUUUAUUUGCCGGUGAAAAGUUUUUACUGCACACUGGCAGUUCCUCAGAUCCGUAAUAUCUCCCUCGAGAUACAAGAGAAAGCUAAAUUACAAUUUUUCCUCUGUCAGCACUUUUUCGCACUUUGUUAUUAUCACGCCAUGUCCAAGCAAGAACCGUAUUGAUUAUGGAUAAUGCAAGAUUUUACAAAGGUCUGACUGGAUUUCUGCAAGAUUUCUUUUCCCCCCUCACUGCUAAUUAGCAAUUGCCUCCUGAGGACGACUCGUGUUUUCUUCUUCGACUGACCAAAAGGAAUAAAAACAAGCCUUAUCAUAUUAUCCUCUGUGUAUCACAAUCAAUUGAUUACUUCACUGCCAAACUUUCUAACCGUCUUGUGGUAGCAACCGUUUCUAGCACUCACAUACGAGGUCAGUUUGUCCAAAGUCGACAAUCCCAAAGGUUGACCAACCUACCCUGGUGCUAUGUUCAAACCUAAUCACAAAUCACACUCAUUAUUUCAAUUCAAGUCCGGAUCUUGUGACUGAAGUCAAACUGACCUUUUUCGGGGACAUUUUACGCAAGGGGUUGGGCGGAUUCUAAGUGGUUCGGUGUGUAGUUUUGUGCGGUUCAAGGUGUUGAAGUGGUUCUUGUGGCAUACGAUAUGUAUUCCCAAACUGUGAGUGUCCUCUGUCCAUAAUUGGUGUCUGCCAAUGUAAGCACAUGCACUGUUGUCUUCAACCCCGCUCGCUGGUUUCUAAAAAGCUUUUUAUAUAGCCCAAAACUGUCACUUUGUCUAUCAAAGAAUGGAAAACUGUUCAUUAAAACCCUUAAAUCAGA